AUGGAAAAAGGCAAAGUAACCUAUUGUACCGACCUAGAGAAAUCAGUGAUAAUAAGCAACUUCGAGAGACGUGGCUGGAUCCAGGUUGGCCCCGAAGAUGAGUGGAACUUCUAUUGGUCCUUUACACAAAACUGUCGCACCAUUUUCAGUAUUGAAAAUGGGUACAGAAUGAACGACAACCAAAUAAUAAACCACUUUCCGAACCACUACGAACUGUCGCGCAAAGAUUUAUUGGUAAAAAAUAUCAAAAGAUAUCGAAAAGAAUUGGAGCGAGAGGGUAACCCUGUAGCAGAAAAAACAGAUGUAACAUUACCCAACGGUCAAACCGUCACACGCUACAUGCAUUUGGAUUUUAUUCCCGUAACGUACGUCCUUCCCGCCGAUUACAACAUGUUCGUGGAGGAAUACAGAAAGUCACCGCAAAGCACUUGGAUUAUGAAACCUUGCGGCAAAUCGCAGGGAGCUGGUAUUUUUUUAAUAAACAAACUUUCGAAACUGAAAAAGUGGUCCCGCGAAGCCAAGGCGCCGUUUAACGCGCAAUUUACUAACAAAGAAACUUACGUAAUAUCCCGCUACAUCGACAAUCCACUCUUGAUUGGUGGCAAGAAGUUCGAUCUUAGAUUGUACGUUUUGGUCACUUCCUUCAGACCUCUAAAAGCAUAUUUAUUUCAGCACGGUUUUUGUAGGUUCUGCACAGUAAAAUACGACACAAGCGUCACAGAAUUAGAUAAUAUGUAUGUUCAUUUAACUAACGUGAGCGUUCAGAAACACGGUGGAGAUUACAACAGCUUGCAUGGAGGUAAAAUGAGUGUGCAGAAUUUAAGAUUAUAUUUGCAAGGGACUAGAGGUCGUUCUGUAACUGAAAAACUAUUUGAUGACAUCCAGUGGUUGAUUGUGCAUUCUUUGAAAGCUGUUGCGCCCGUAAUGGCUAAUGAUCGACAUAGCUUCGAGUGCUACGGAUAUGAUAUUAUCAUAGACGACGUUCUGAAACCUUGGCUAGUUGAAGUGAAUGCAUCGCCGUCUCUCCAGUCAACUACACACACGGAUAGAAUACUAAAAUACAAAUUGAUAGACAACAUUGUCUCUGUUGUUGUGCCCCCAGACGGCAUACCCGAUGCGAGAUGGAACAAAGUUCCAACCGUAGAGGCUUUAGGCGACUUCGAUGUUUUGAUCGACGAGGAAUUAAUAGAGCGGGAGGAUACAACUUUGCGGAACAGUAGAUUCAGUCGGGGUAAACCGUAA